CCACCUCCACCACCUCCGCCGCCCCCACCCCCGCCCUGUGGGGGCGACCCUUUCUCUCGCACCGUCCACAGGCGUUCCAGGAUGCGCAACUUCAACUGGGACACCAUCCCCCGGCACAGCGUUGUGGGUAAACGCAACGUGUGGACGUCCCAGAGGAAGCUGGAGGACUUCCCGCUGGACACGGCGCGCAUCGAGGAGCUGUUCAGCCACAGCGAGCAGCAGCGGGUGCCCCGAAGGGGUGGGACAGUCAAGAAGAGUGUAUGGGGCCUUCCGUCAACCAAUCGAGAAUCAGAGACGAUCUCAAUCGUCAACUCGAAGAAAAGUAUGAAUAUUGGGAUUUUCCUGAAGCAGUUUAAAAGGCCGAUGCAAGAAAUCGUCGAGGAUGUACGGCAGGGGAACAUGCGGUUUGCUGCUGGAAGAUUGAAAGAGCUGAGCAAGCUGCUGCCUGACGAUGUGGAGUUGAAGAAACUGUUGUCAUUCAGUGGUGAUGUGUCCCAGCUGGCAGAGGCUGACCGCUUCUUGCUGAUGCUGGUCAAAAUUCCAGGGUAUGAAGAACGACUCGAGAGUCUGCUGCUCAGGGAAGAAUUCAGCCCCUUCAUAGAGGAGGCAACAAACUCCAUUGCUGUCAUGACUGAAGCAGCUGAUGAGCUGCUGACAUGUGAUGAUCUUCAUUCUAUCAUUCGACUUGUGCUGAAAGCUGGAAACUACAUGAAUGCUGGUGGCUACGCUGGUCGUGCUAUAGGUUUCAGGAUGACUUCUCUGCUGAGGCUGGUGGACACAAAAGCUAAUAAACCUGGUCUGAACCUUAUGCACUAUGUGGCAAUGCAAGCUCAGCAGAUUGACAGUGCCUUACUGAACUUUCCAAAGCAGCUCCAACACAUUGGAGAAGCUUCAAGGAUCCAGAAACAAGAAGUGGAGGCAGACGUUCAAAGAGAAAUGGAGAAAAUUAAAAAAGCGAGGGACUAUUCCAGUAAACAGCCUGAUCUCCAGUGUCAAAUGGAGGAAUUUCUCAGGAUGGCUGAAAGUCGGCUUGCGGACAUGGAGGCCUCUCUGCAAACGCUCAAUUCUAUCAGUCACUCAGUGGCCGAAUACUUCUGUGAAGAUCCUGCUACCUUCAAACUGGAGGAGUGCUGCUCCAUCUUCCGCUCCUUCUGUGAGAAGUUCGAGAAAGCUGUACAGGAGAACGGUGAGCGGGAGGCAGUGGAGAAGCGGCGGCGGCAGCAGAGGGAGAGGGAGGCGCUGAAGCGGGUAGCCAAACGCCGCUCCAUUGGCACCUGCUCCAGCCGCGACUCUGAUGCCGAGGCUUCGGCCCUGGAGUCUAUCUUGACCAGCUUCCUCGCUGACCGUCCUGCACGCAGGAGGCAGCAUUCAUCCAACAGAGAAAGCCCGACAGAUCUGCUCAACAGUAAGAACCCUCUGACGGAGACCUCGCAGAUAGCCCUAGAUAGCCCUGCCAAAACUGAGAAGAAGGUAUUAGACAUUUCAGAUAGUAAACAGCUCCGGGAACUGGACCAGAGCUUUCAGACCAAAGAGGAGAUACCCACUGCUGUGGACCAUCAACAGACACCAGCUGGCUUAAGGAGAGGGCCAUACAUAGACAACAAGGGGACUCCUAAAAGCAUCGACCGCAAGGCAAGUUGCCGCAAGAGCAUUCUAACUCCGCGAAACCCUGUCUUGUCUGAAGAAGAGGGCAUUGACCAAGAGAGAGAUGUCCAAGAGAAUAGUCAAAAGGAGCCAGCUCAGGUCCCUGAGGCUUCUCGAAAGGUUCUGCGGCACCAGAAUAGCCGUGGCAGUCUGAAAGGAGACCCUGCUCCAGAACGCCCUAGAACUUACUUAGAUACUUUCUCAUCUCCUGUCCACAAAGGGAUGCGGGAGGUGGAACUGCACAACGGCCUCGAGUGCCUGGGCUCGCCCUGGACCGUCCUCAGCCCCCACGUCUCUCCCAGAAGCACGCCCCACCGUAGGCACUCCUUCACCCCAGCCACCAGGGACGAAGAACUGGAUGACGGCGUGUGGGCGCUCCCAGACACGCCUGUACAUGGCAAGCCCCCUCCUCUAGCGCACGUGUGCCGGUCGUAUGAGCACAGUGUAUCUACCUCUGUGCUCACCAAUACAGGAGUAAGAGCUUCUCACUUACUGGACUGUCCCUCAAGUGCCCCUCUGUUAAGGUCUGCGUCCGUGGGCUCAGAAGCCCCAAAUUCAGCCCCUGGCUUCAAUCUGGGGGUUCUCUUCCAGAGAAGAAGCAGCCAAGAGCCUCCGCUGACCAAAAGGCAGGAGCCCUCCGCCCUGGUCACCUUCUUCAGGCGCUUUGGGGAGAGAGGAAGGCCUGCCUCUGUAGGUGACUCCCACAGAGCAGACGCUUAG